AUGGUUUUAGCUCAGGAAACAAGGACACGACCACCCGAAAGGGCCGGGAUCUGCUGGCUGCAGCAAGGACGCGAUCAGAAGUGCGCGGUGAUACUGAACACGGAUGUGUCCCGCGAGGAGUGCUGCGGGAACGGCAGUUUGGAGACGGCCUGGUCCAACUACACCCUCUCCAUCAACAAGAUCAGCCUCAUGGGCUUUCUUGGGAUUGUCACAUGCAAGCCCUGCAAAGAAACCUGCGACGGGGUGUACUGCGGGCCCAGCAAGGUGUGCAGAAUGAAGCAGGGGCGCCCCCAUUGCGCAUGCGCCCCGGACUGCUCCUACAUCAACCGCAGGCAGCCUGUGUGCGGCGGAGACGGCAACACCUACCGGGAUGAGUGCGCCUUGCUGCUGGCUCGAUGCAGGGGUCAGCCCGACCUGGUUGUCAUGUACAAGGGAGAGUGCAAGAAGUCCUGCUCCCACGUGGUGUGUCCCGGCACCCACACGUGUGUCACGGAUCAGACAGAGAGUGCUCACUGCGUGAUGUGCCGCACCGCGCUGUGCCCUGUCCCCAUGGCCGGCGGGCAGUCCAUCUGUGGAAAUAACAAUGUCACCUACCCCAGUGCCUGCCACCUCCGGAGAGCUACCUGCUUCCAGGGGCGCUCCAUCGGAGUCCGACACUCCGGGCACUGCACACAUUUCUACAAGCAUGCUGAGGAGAACUGGGGCAGCCAUGAGAACACAGUGUGAGCCCCUCCGUUUCCGGAGGCUGCAGCAGGGGGGAAACCCGACAGGAACAAACGCAAGCCAACAGAAGCAGAAGCAACACUAUGUCCAGGUUCACAACUGUACGAAAGGGUUAUAUUUCGGAAGAAAACGUAACACACACACACACACACACGCACGCCAAUCAAGAAUGCUGGAACUCAAAGGAAGACGAGGAUCAGAACGCUGAUGUGUUCUGAUUCUUUUAUGAACGCUAUAUCUGACUGAAUAUUUCUUCAUAUUUAAGCCUGAGUUAAAGUGCUACAGCCAUGCUUGGGGUUCUCUCCAGUUUUGAAGAGGGGCACGGCAGGGGUUCAGCGGGAGGGCACUGUUGUGUGCCCGAUGGGUCAGAGGGGGGUCAUUUCCCAUUUAAAUUACACACUUUUCUCAUCAUACUAGGGAUUUGCAGAGCAUUAAAUGAAAUCAAGUGUUCCACUCAAAACAACAUAUGCAGCUACGCAGUAAAGUGGAUCCCUUUUACUCAUCUGUUGUGUUCUACAACAACGCAACUGUGCUGAUAAUGCCCUGCUGCUCUUGUAUGUCCUUAAUUUAAGUUUAAACGUUUGGUUCUAGACCAGCGACAAUCACUCUAAAUAGACACCCCACUUCUAUAGAUGGGCACUGAUACAGGGGCUUGGGGUUAGGUGUGUAUCUCUGAAUCGCGAUGCUUUCUUUACGUGACACAUACUAUCGUCAUAGAGGUCUACAUUGUUUGUAUCUUGAUAUAAGAGCAAAAGCAAAGCGUAGCUCAGAGUGGUUCUUGAGUGAAGAAUAAGAGUGUUUUACAGCUGGUAGGAAUACACACCCUGUCUGACUCAUUUAAUGUUUGUCUUUUAACAAAAGUCCAUCAUUAAGUGAUCACUUGAUUUUGUUAUGCAUCAUACAAGCAGCCCAUCAGGACCAUCACAUCAUGAUUCAUAUCGUAUCGCGACCUACAUAUCGUGAUACGCAUCGUAUCGUGACAUUAGUGUACAAUUACCUGGAGAGAACAUUACACACUGCAUUACACAAGGGGCAUUAUGUGAAUAUUGUAAAUAAAACACCCCAGAUAUUUAUUGGAGCAAAAGGUAUAAAGAAAAAAGUUUUAUUUAUAUAUUUUAGUUUUUCACGUCAUCUACUGCUUCCUUCAGAGAUGUAUUUAUUGUGAAGUGUUUCAGUAAAGUGUUUUGGAGUUUUUAUGCCUGUGAAGGUCAUGCUGCUUGUAAAGUAGGUCAGCUGGUAUUAAUCAAGGGAUGCCGGGAAUUAGCUGUUGGUUUAAGAAAAAAAAAAUAUAAUAUUAAUAUAUUUUCAAGUUAUGUAAUAUACAUAUGUUUAAUAUGUAUGCCAUCUAAUUGCAAUGUCUGCCACUAAACUGAAUAGAAAUUCCCUUUUCCUGGUUGGUUUACAUUUUGAAAACAUUGAGAAAGAUUUCUAGUUGAAACAUUUCUCAUUGAAGUUUCCACAAUAAAUUGAACACUUACAAAAUACCGUCUUAGUGUUUACAACUCUUAUAACAGUUUACCACAGUAGAUUUGCAUGGUGACUUUGCAGGUUUUCCAUUAUUUUCCCUAUAGCUAUAAGCCCAAUUACCAUAAUUGGCCAUGCUUUUAAUAUUUACCAUACCUCUCUGGGCUUAACUUUUAUUAUCCUCCAUUACACUUUGCUAUGCAUUUUUUAUUAUUAUUAUUAUUAUUAUUUAGCAGACGCUUGUAUCCAAAGCAACUUCCAGAGAUUUAGGGGUGAACUCUGCAUCACUCUGAUGUAGAGUUACUUUCCAAAGGACCUCUGCUUUACAUCUCAACCGAAAGAUUUAGCACAAGGAGGUUAAGUGACUUGCUCAGGGUCACACACAGAGAGCCAGUGGCUGAACUGGGAUUGAACCUGGAACAUCCUGGUAACAAGCCCCUUUCUUUAACCACUGGACCACUAUGGGAAACUUUAGGAAAAUCAGUUCCUUUUAAUGUGAAUCUCUGGAUACAAUAGCAUAGCGUGGAUAUUAUCAGGACACGGUCCUGCUUUGCAACAAAAUGCUUCUUUUAUUAACAGGAACUAAAAGCCAAAGAAUACGAACACAAUGGCUGAAUUCCUCAGUGUCUGCGAGUCUCGCUCGCACAUGCCAGGGUCGCUUCUUAUCUUUAGAAUUAUGCUGGUAUAAUCUGUAGUCUGUGGAGGGAGAGCCCAGUCAAAAUAACAUUGUAUUCCCUGCUUCAAUAGAACACACAGUACAGCAUGAAAAAGAAAAUGAGAACAAAGAAAUCAGGAAAUGAAUAUGUUCUCCCCGAAGACAUGCUAACUGAAUUGCUUUCACCAAAGCAUUGUGCUUAGUUUAGCACAGGUGGCUGGAAGCUCACUUCAUUGAAAAAAAGCAGCAUGCAAUUUUCUAGCCAGUUAUACUGUACGAGGUGACUGUUUGUUUCAGAUGAUCAUAAAGACAGUGGCCACAUCUCUGUCUCUAUAUGUUAAAAAUGUUAUUCUGUAAAGGGGAAUAAAACCAAUCUAUUUCCACUUUUGCUUGUAAAGCAAACCCAAUUUGAGAUACAUACAGCUACAUACAGAUUUGGUAAAUUAACACUUUUUGAAUGCUUGGUUUGAAUAUACAGUGUUCCUCCUUUAUAACGCUGUAGUCAGGAGUUAAAAGAGCAUGCUAUUCGUGUUGCACCUUGUAACAGGAAUACUAGUAUUAGUUUAAUGGCAUUAUGGGGCAAAUGGGAGCCAUGACCAUACAGCCUUAUAACCUGUUCCACAGUAUAAAGGGCUGCC